UGAGAUUAGAUGGGCAAGAGCAAGAGCAAGAGCAGGAGAAAUUGAUGGAUGGAUGGAUGGAAUGGGGCUCAGUAUCAGAAUGAGGAUCAGUAUCAGAAUGAGGAUCAGAAUCAGAAUCAGGAUCAGCAGCAGCCGCAGCCGCAGCAUCAAGUGAAAAGUAUUUAAGCUAGCUAUGUCUUUUUUUACAUACUAUGUUAAUCGUACGUUACAUAAAUUUAUAUGCUACUACCUAACUACUACCUUACCCAAUAAACAAAACAAAACAAAACAAAACAACAAACACACACAAAAAAUAGUCGCAUACAAAGCAGCUAAUGCCUUACACGUUAAUAUUCCGAUGGACAUCCGAAUGUUGACUGAGAGGGACUAAGUGCUUAAUAUACAAAUUCGUUGCUUUUGCUUGUUGAGCCAGUCGCGCAGCUUGCUGAAAUAUGUUGAUGAAACUGUUGAUGGUUCUUGUCAGCUGUGCACCGUGCACCGAAGUACACGCGAAUUUCUCAAAUGUUCAUGUGUUUGUUAACCGGUACAAUGCAUACAGCAGAGCGAAUAUAAUCACAACAUUGGACUCUUUGCCAGAGGCGUGGUUCACGACGAAGGUCGUCCUGAACAAGAGGACUCUGGUUGACUACUUCCAGACGAACGCGAGCGAACGCCACGGGGCGUUGUCCUGGUAUCGCACAACAAACAUACAGCAAACACUUAAUUUCUAUGGCGUGAAAAUAGAGAAGAAUCUAACCUACGCAAAGGGUUACCUUCACUUGUCGAGAAUAAACUUUUAUUCAAGUGGGUUCUACCUUGUUGAGACAGAAAUUACAACUGAGGGCAUUUAUUCCAGUGAGAUAACAGCCACGAGCUACACAGUCGUCAAACUAAUACAGGGCAACACUUGUGAGCCCAAAUUUGAUAUUCCCAAUUGCCACGACUCAAACCGGCCCCUAUAUUAUGAAACAUCCAAAGAAAUUGUCAUACGGGCUAACUUCUCGCGGUUCUGUCCAAUGGACACCUUCAUACAAUACCAUUGGACUCUCCACGAUAGUACCGAUUCGAAACUGUUGGAAUUCUUGGGAGCCAGCUUGAGGCCAGAAAUAAAACUUUCCCGCCAUCGGCUAAGCGUGCGCUACCAAUCACCGCUGAGCCGAAUAGUUUUGGUGCGCAUUAAUGCUAAAAUUGUGGGACGGCGAAUACCACUCGUAGCUCGGUGCUAUCUCUCGUUGGCGUCACAACGACUAUUUCCCGUUAUUCGAGGCGGAAAUUAUCGAAGAGUGUUCCGUGGCAAAACCAUAUCAAUAAGCGGCAGCCUCAGCAGAGAUCUUUCGCUUUCCCGUACAGGCCCCCAACACCUGGUAUAUAUGUGGUCGUGUACCCCAGCCGUGAAGCAACUCAAAAAUGUCUGUAAAAAAAAUAUGGGCACAAGACAUCGCAUUAUUAUUCCCGCAUAUAGCCAACCGAAUAACCAAACCCUGCGCGUAGUACUGCUGAUACGCUCCGCAUUCGAUCCCAUCCGCACCGCCACUUCGAGGCAGAAAUUGGAUUUCUCCAAUUUCCCCCAUCUGAUAAACCUUGAGGUGGCCUGUGUUAAGAACUGCGAUGAGGACAAAUAUGAUGCAACGAAACCGAUUCUCGUGAAAGGCAAGUGCGAAGGCAUCGGCAACAAAAACAUUACAAAAUGGGAGUGGCGGGUGGGCGACCUACCAGUGAAAGGACAUGCAAAUAGACUUGUUUAUUUUGUACGGGACGUAACAAGAAAGAAUAUCAGCAUUCAUCUUCGUGUGACUGCAGCUCAUUUGUAUAACCCGGCCUACAAUUAUUAUGGAGAAGACUGGAUCUUUUUAGAAAAGAACGUUGGCCCUCAAAAAUCAAAAUGUAGCAUAAGACCCAAAGAGGGUCUGGCUUUUGAGACACUAUUCAUGGUACAGUGCCAAAGAAGUAGGGCUCGCUUCAUGCCCCUGCGGUAUGGGGUGGAGGCCAACAGCGUUCUUAUUAUGGAUUGGCACUCGACGCGAGAGAUAUUGGUGCGACUUGUUCCAGCCCAAAGGGUGUUUGUCAAGAUUUGCGAUAAGCUUGAUGUGUGUGAAAGUGUUGAAAUUAAAGUGCGGGUCAGGAAAAUGGCCUUGGCAAGUAAUAAGCCUCAAAUCAUAAUUGACCAUCUGGCUCGGGCGCGUCAUUGGCUGGAGUAUGCCAACUGGCAGAAGGCCUAUCCCCUAUUGCACUUACUAUCCAAGGAGAUACAUUCCAAAGAACUUCUUGUGAGCUUCACGGAAACACUUUCCAUGCACGCACCCCUAUCCACCGUGGAACUUUCGCAACUGGUGCGACUCACCAAGCACGUGGUGACCAGCAUCCAGCCACUGGAUGACAUGAAGGCUGUUGUGCUAGCCAGAAUGUUCAACAGGAUAACCACUACAUACAAAUUGAUAGUGGAAAGCAACGAUCUCACUCUGCUGGACGAACACUUCGACCUGAUGACAAACGAUAUGUGCGAUAUGCUGGACACAAUUAACUCUGAGUGGGAGUACAUACCGAAAGCCCACUGUCUCUCGGACUCGGAGUCGUGCAUAAACAUCAAUCACUUCGGCAAGAGACUGGAGCAGUUGUCGUCCCUGCGACCACUCUUGGAGCAUGUGGACAGCUGGAUGUAUACGCACUGGAAAUUGAGCAACUGCCUCAUUUAUAUGGGCAUGGAGACAGCACGGCGUCUCCACCCUCGCGAGGGCUCCAGAAUUGUUCAGAGAAAUAGUUUCAACAUGCGCAUGGAGAGUUUCGAUCUGGACUACGAGCACAGUCUCAACCUGGAGUCCGGCGACUCGAUGCACACUAUAGCCUUUUCGCGAAAUCUUAUUCGGGAAUUGCGGCGAAAGCUUCGCAACAAUGAAGUUCUCAUUUCUGUUCGCAGUCAUACGAUCAGCCAGUACUGGUGGUACCCAAAGAAGCGAUCGCGAACACAGGAGCUGGUGGUAAAUGCCUUCACCACAAGUUCAAUGUUUCAGCCGACUGAAGAGCUUUCGGAACCUCUUACGUUUUUCUCAAGGCUUGAAACUACCCCGUUUACGGACAUCGCCGAAAGAGAUGUCCAGAGCCAACGUCAGGCUGCCCUCGUGGGUGGGCCUGAAGAGGAAGCUCAUGCGUUUAUUCACGAUAAUGUCUACACCCCAUUCGAAGUUCGAAUGUACCGCACCGAAAUUUAUGCGCACUCAGUUCUUAAGGUGACAUUUAUCCGAGCGCAAAUAGACUUCAACGUGCUGAUUCGUAUGACAGACGUGCCCAAGUUGGAAGACAUGGAUAUCAGUGGCGCCACAUGUCAGGUGAAGUACGGCAUUGCGCAGAGAACCAACUUCUUAUUGAGAAAUCGCUGCGGCGAAGCGCGCUCUGCAUUUAUUUAUCUUCGCGCGUCCAACCCAUCCGAUCCCUGGGAUACCUUUGAUGAAAAUGGUGCUUUUUUCUCCUUUGGCACAGAGAUCCAUAUCUGCCGCGCCUGGAAUUCAUCGGGCACCGAGCACAGCUGGCACAAUAUGCCGUGCAUGCCCGAUAUGGUUAAAAGUACAAACUCCGGCGUACACUGCCGCUGCAAUGUUAUUGGCGACUUUGAUGUGGAUGCCAUGCCCAUCAUCACUGUGCCAGUGAACAUCAGGUGCCACUUGGAUCGGCCGGUGGUGCGCCGCCACUACGACAUGCUGGUUCUGUAUACGCUGAUAACCGUGCUGACUGCAAUAUAUUUAAUUUUUCAUAUGAAGAAAAUACGCAAUUGGGACAAGCGGCUGUACGUGGCCAACUAUUCUACGGGGGAGCUGUGCACCCGUGGCGAUAUCGUCAUCCGGAUCACCUUCGGUGGAAGAUGCAAUGCCGGUACGUCAGCCAACAUUAUUGUCUCAUUGAAAUCAUCCCAAGGCAUCGUGCAAUUGAUUGUGUACCAGGACCCAGUGUGCAAAACAUUCCAGAGAAACAGCACCAUAUCAUUCCGUAUUCAGCGUGCGCUCGUAGAUAUUCCCGCUGAGCUGUCCAUCGGCCAUGACUUCUCCGGAAUAUACCCACACUUUUUCUGUAGAAGCGUUGUCCUCACCGAUAUGCUCACUGAACUGACACAAACCUUCCUUCUGCAUAAAUGGCUGAGGGGCUCACCAAGUGCCAAAUACGAGACUGCUCCGGUAUUCUACCACUCGAAAACCACUGAAGUAGAGAUAUACUCGUGGCGCUUACGCCUUUCCCACAUAAUGGAAAGCUGCAUGGGAGCUUGGUAUCUGUUCCAGCCGAUCAUUGGGCCCUGGCGCAUCGGGACGCAUUGUUCUGCUUUCUGUCGCUGGGAGCGCACUUGCAUGUUUAUAGUCAAAAUAUUUGUCACCAUUUGCAUUGUUGUUCAAUAUUUUGGUCCAUCCUAUGUGGCCCUGUCCUGCGACCCGCGUCCCAAAAAAUAUCACGACUUGGCCUCAGUAAUGUGGGCAUGCCUGAUAUGCUUCAUAAUCGGUUGUCUCGUACAAGCAGUGAUGGAAAAAACUAUCCUCUACUUGGGUGCCUAUGAUUAUAUAUAGCAGACAGUAGUUUAAUUAUUAUUACUUAUAGAAAAGUGUAUCAAAAUAAAUCAUGAUUGUGACAAUGUGGUCUCGU